CCAGUGUGUCGGGCUACCGCUCAGCGCGCGCUGCCCGUGGAUGCGAGCCGGUGUCAAACAGGAUCAGUAAAUUCGUGUUUUGCUGUGAACUUGGAGGUUUUCGAACGGAGGUUUCGCGCAGGAGCAUCCGCGCCGCCGAGUCCGCUCUCUCCGAACUUUAAUCUUCUGGCCUCUGGUUCUGACCCUUCGACGACCUCCGAUGUUCCUGCAGCGAUGACCCAUCUUCAUCACCAUCACCACAGCCCUCGCCAUGGUCGCCCGUCGGCUCGGUGACCGACCUGUCCGCCACCAAACACGGCCGCGGGGAUGCAUGUGAUGGGCAGCGUCUCCCCGGCCAAUGAGAGGGAGGGUUUCUCCCUAAUGGAGGAGGGCGUGGCUGUCGCCGUGCCAACAGGAUUUUCUGAUAUGGAAGGCAACCGGGCAAGACCACCGCCUCCUCCUCCUCCUCCUCCUCCUCUGCCGCCUCUUCUUUCUCCUCCCCCUCCUCCCCCCAUGCCACCCCUGCUCCCAGGGUUAGGAGACCCUGUAGGAGGCCUGAGGAAGACGAAGAGGGUGAGGAGUUUCUUUUGGAAGACGAUACCAGAGGAUCAGGUGAAGGGGCGGGCCAACCUGUGGACUCAGGGCCAAGUGCAGCAGCAGUACCAGAUCGACGCCCGGACCAUCGAGGAACUGUUUGGUCAGAACGACAGUCAGUCACACGCCAAGUCGCCGCCCGCCAGGGGAGGGAAAAUCAGGAGCUCGUUCAGAGAGAGCAAAGAAGAGGUCUCCAUCCUAGACUCAAAGCGAGGGAUGAACAUUGCGAUUUUCCUCAAACAGUUCAAGAGGUCUAAUCAGGCAAUAGUAGACGAUAUUCACCAUGGCAACAGUGAGCCUUAUGGGGCGGAGCCUCUGAGAGAGCUGCUGAAGCUGCUGCCAGAGGCUGAGGAGGUGAGGAAACUGAAGUCGUACCAAGGCGACGUCUCUAAGCUCUCAUUGGCCGAUUCCUUCGUGUACCUGCUGAUCCAGCUCCCCAGUUACUCGGUCCGCAUUGAGGCGAUGCUGCUGAAAGAGGAGUUUCCUGUGGCGUGCGAGGCCAUGAAACGAGACAUUAAGAUCCUUCGCACGGCCGCCAAAGAGUUAAUGUGCUGUGAGGAGCUGCAUGCUGUUCUCCACCUGGUGCUGCAGGCCGGGAACAUCCUCAACGCCGGAGGUUAUGCAGGAAACGCGGUGGGUUUCAAGCUGUCGUCUCUUCUCUCUCUGGCCGACACCAAAGCCAACAAACCGGGCAUGAAUCUGCUGCACUUUGUCGCUCUGGAAGCCCAGAAAAAAGAUGACAAGCUGCUGGAGUUUCCUGUGAAGUUGAGUCACGUCCAGCAUGCAGCCAGGAUCUCCUUGGAAACGCUGGACGGCGAGCUGCAGUGGCUGAUGUCCCGCACGCGCUCAGUAGAGGAGAACAUCCAAAGAGACACGGAGCUGCUGCAGCAGCUGGACAACUUCCUGCAGUCCGCCACCUCGUCUCUGUGCUCGCUGCGCAGCAGCCGGCAGCAGCUGAAGAAGGAAGGCAGCGAGCUGAUCGACUUCUUCUGCGAGGACAGAGACACGUUCAGGCUGGACGACUGCUUCAGUAUCUUCCACACCUUCUGCUCCAGGCUCACUGCUGCCGCCAAGGAGAACAUGGAGAGGGAGGCGAAGGAGGCAGCACGUCAGCGGCGGAUUCAGGAGCUGGACGAGCAGAAGAGGCACUCGUGGGCUGGGGCUGAGCAGGUGGGUGGAGCAUUUGGAUUGCGUUGCAGCAGCGAGACGGACAUGGCAGCUGUUUUGGCACAACACAGCGAGGCCGGGCUGCUGGUGGAGCUCCUGAGCCCCAAGUCUCAAGCCCGCUCGCCCAGUCCUUCGGGACGCUAUGGGAGCUUACGACGCUCCCGAAACUCUCCGUCCAGCUCGCCGUCUGUUGCUGCUGAACGUGAACUGAGUACACUUUUGGGGAUGCCGACUCCCGACCACAAAGUCGCCCAGCAGCGAGGAAUGGGAGAGACAAGGACAGUUUUUCCACCAGCCUCACCUGAACCUGGAAGUUCAGUACUCUCCCCUCAGUCUCGACCACAAAGUCCAAGGGUCAGCAAAAGCAGCUUCUCCCAAAACCAGCAGCCUCAAGUGGGCCAGAUGUCCCUGCAAACCCUCUCCUCAUCUCCCAAGACCUCUUUGAGUGCACAAAACACAAACCAUGCAACCGCCACUUACCUCAGCUGUGAUGCUACUCAGCCUCGAUUAAAUAUAAACAGUCCCACUAAUAAAGUGACCGUCAAACCUACCUCUGAUGCAAACCAGCAAUCCGACCACAGCAACAAUGGCAACCAUCGAUUUGGCCUGGGUUUUAACAGGCAGGCAAAGCUUUCUGAAACUGGUUUGAGAGGGGAAGCAGCUAGUAUGAAAAGCGAACCCAGUUCUGAUGUGACAGGCAAAAUGUCUGUAGUUGUAGAAAAAUGCACUCUGGUGCCUGAACUGAAGGUGUUUGAUCAGGUCACCAACCCGAGCAGUCACAGAGAAGGGCCUUGCACCGGUCGCUCCCGAGGAUAUCACCAGGAUGAUAUGCUAAUCACAGAUUUGGAAGAAGAAGAGGUGGACAAAUCUCAAGUCCAGAAGGUGCAGAACAAAUCCCCUAUUAGGAUUGCAAAAACAACAGUUGUUCAAGUCUCUGAAACAAGCUCUUCCUCGUCACAAAGAGAAGAAGAGGAGGGACGAGAGGACAAGGUGAUUGUUUGGUGUGUGACUGGUGUGUGUGAGGCAGCCGGCGAGCUCACACACUCUGACAACACACAAGCACAAACUGAAAAUAAUCAUUGCAGAAGUGACAAUCAGGGAGGAUGCCAGCAUGCUUCCUCUGCCCCAGCCAAUCACACGCCUUCAGAACCUCAGCCAGCCAGUAAGAAACCAGUGCCUGUGCCCAUCAGCAGCCAACCGGUGCCUGUGUCCCGCUGUGACAACCCAUCACAUCCUGUCUCCUCCUCAAGGUGGCGCCCAGCAGAACCUGCAUCAGACAAUAAAGGGCCUGCUCUCGCCGCAGGUGCCUCUGAGGAAGCUAAAGCAACAGCCAGUCAAAAGGAAGAAACGGUGGGCUCCACCAAUGAGAAGAGAGAUGUGGAAACAAAACAAUCACCAGAUGACAGGAGCAAAAACAGCACUGCUACCUGUCGCACAACCAAUGAAAACACAGCUCCUUCAGCUUCUUUGCCGAAUGGAAAGGCAGAGCCGGUAACAUCGUCCAAACCAUCCACCAAGAGCCUCCGUACCUCUAAAUCUCGACCCGCUGGGAUGAAACCUGCAACACCAAACACCGUCCUCAGCACCAUCAAAUCCAAGCCUGUCCGCACCCUCACCAACUCUGAGAACCACAGCAUGAGGCGGGUUGUGCCCAUCUCCAGAACCAGCCGAAGUGCUUCCUCUCUGGGCAAACAUCCUGAGAAGCCCCCUGGCAACCACCGGGGUUCCGCCAGCGCUGCACCACCUGCCAGUCCGACUGUCUCCAGCCUAAACAGCACCUCCCUGCGACGAGGAGAGAGGCCCUCGACUGCUCCUUCAUCUCGACGCUCCAGCAUCAACAAGAUACCGGAUCACAAGGAUUCAAAAGACCAGAAGGUUUCAGGUACUCAGGGAUCUGUCCGAGAGCAGAGCCACCACUUGCAAAAGAAGCCGUCCAUUCGAAAGCUUCCAGCAAAACCCAAAAUGCAGCCGGAGGAGAAGAUGUGUCGCUCCACACUGCGGGCGCUCGCCCAAGGAGGAGGUGGAGGAGGUGGAGGCAGUAUCAGUGCCCCCGCAACUCCUUUGCACAAGGCUACUACCCCGUCUUCAUCGCUUCCAAGUUUUGCGCGAAACACUGCCUCCUCGUCUUUCAGACGAACCCACACCACGCUCGGUCCUCCUGCUCCUCCCCAUUCAUCCCGCCGUGUCUCAGACUCCUCCACUAAACCCUCUACCAAGACCACCUCCUCCUCCAUCGCCCCUCCUGGCACCUCUUCGCCUUUGACCCGAACAGGCUCACUGAGAGUCUCUGCCGCCGCCAGAUCCUCAGAUCUCCACAAGCCGUCCUCAUCCUCCCCCCCAACAAGGUCUCAGAGCAUCAGGGCUCCUCCUCGCUCUCCACUCUACGACUCGCUGGUUCCCCCUAAAGGCCACAAGCGGACUGACAGCGGCAGCUUCUCCGACAAGUCAACUCACUCAAGGGACUCAAGGCCAAGCUGGAGAUAACAGGAGAAAUCUGGGGCUGCAUGCCAAGCAGCGUCUCCUUGUCCCUCCCUCCUUAUGGGAGGUGGAGUCUGAGUAAUAAGCUACGACAUGAAGGAUAAACUCCGACUUAUGUAGGAAGAGAGGAUGCAUUCCUGAGCAAAAAUCUCAAGUUUAGCUGGAGAUAUAGAAGUAGUUACGUUCCGAUAUGAACUGCAGAUGUUUCAGUCGAACGCAAAGAUUAAUUUAUCUCUGAUGCAUUCAAACUUAAACUAAGCUGGUAGUAAAAAUAAACGAAGCAUCCCAUUUGAAAGUGUACACUGUGUACACUUUAUACUGUCAAGUGUUCAGCAUCUGAGCUAAAAAAAACCACACAGGCUGAAUGAAAUGAGGAAUAAACUGUCUGUUUGAAACACUUAGCACAGUGUGAAGCUCACCAAGCUUCACGACCACAGAUAUAAAGCACUGACACCCAGUUCACGAACGGUCAACUAUCACGAGAAGGUGUUCGUGAAAUAAUUAAUUUGUGUUUUCAAGGAAAAGGUAAAACGGAUAACUAAAACUGCGAACACAAGUAUUGGGGUCCAGGUGCUAACAUCUGCACACAUGUCCCCCCCCUUGUCCUUCUGGGGACAGCCGCAUCAUUCAGUUUUCAGUGAAAAAUGAAGGAGGUAAAUAAGUGUUGAAGUGACUGAAUCCACUCUGUUGCCCGUCUUCUCCUGAUCAAAUUACUUUAUUUUAUGUCUUUAAAUACCUUUUUGAUUCUGCACCUUUAACUCCACUAACCAGCUGAGGAAUAAGAUAAGAUGAACUUUAUUGAUCCCGCAGUGGGGAAAUUCACCUGUACGGAAUCUCUGUACAUAUGGCCUGAUUAAUUUAAAAAUCAUUUUCUUAUAAUUAUUAUUGUAUAUUUUGAAAAGAAAACAGUAGAUUUUUAAAUCACUAAAACUGAUGAAGUUUCUAAAAUGAGUGAUUAGUUUAGACGAGGAGAUAUUUUAAAUGUCCCUGAUUCAAACCAUCAGUGUCCGACUCACUGGGAAAAGUUGUUCAUGUGAGGAUAUUUGUAUGUUUAUGUAUCUCUAUUUAUGUAUGUAUGAAGUCAAUAUUUGAUAUAUAUGUUUAUAUAUAUAAAAUCUAUCUGCAAAUUAAUAAAGUAUUAUUCCUCCAACA